AUGGCCACUUUAACUGAAAUCAAGGCUCGAUAUUACAUAUCAUCUGGAAUAUGGCUUAUAUAUAGCCAUUUUCUUGGCGUCAAGAAAUGGGCUGCAGCUUGGAUUGCCGUCGUUUUCAUUCAUUAUGUCCUACGGGCAGCAAGAUUUGGACCCCUGAAAGACCUCUGUAUGACAGCGGGAAUAGUUGUACAGUUAAUGGCCUGCUGGGAGAUUGGAGGUUCCGAUGCCGAAGUCGGUUGGAGCUGGGUCAAACUGAUGGGCAUGUGGAGUGUUCCCACUGUGCCAAUUCAAGAUUUCCGUGAUGUGCCAGGUGAUAGCACAUGCGGCCGUCGUACUACGCCGAUUUUACUAGGCAAUAUCACAGGUAUCUUCGGUUCUUCUGGAUAUUAA